AGGCUUGCACGCAUCCCUUGCCUCGUGUCUGCUAAACUUGUUAAAAAAAUGAGUUUGAAAGUAGCCCGAGUGUCACUUUUCUUUUUUGUGUGUGGGAUGCGUGUGUAUGUUGGGGGGAAGGGGGCUGGGGCGUCGGAAAAUUCCUGCCAGCAGCGAUGACGCUGAUCUCCCCCCCCCACUACCACCAGUAGCUCGAGAGUUUAGGCGGCCUCUGGAGGAGGGAAUAUUAUGAUGCCCCCUUCCAAGGCAGCCCCUUACUGCAGUGCCGUCAUCUGGAGUUAAAAUGUUGAGCUAGUUGAAAGUGGGACCGGAAAUGUAAACAGAAGCUUUGAUUGAUGUGUGCGUGAGGAAUGAUUUGCAAUGGCAGUGCAUGAGUGAUGUACUCGCUGCUGCUUUUCAGGAUUCCCUAGUCUCGCCUUAAUCCAUUGUGGGCUCUUUAAGUGUCGCAUCAUGAAUGUAAACAGCAACCACAUUAACUUAAACGCUUUGCUCUUCUCCAGUUGCCCAUCUGGGCGUUACAAGGCUAAAGGAGGGAAGGGAAGAUGUUUGGCUUCCACAAACCGAAGAUGUACCGGAGCUUAGACGGUUGCUGUAUUUGCAGAGCAAAGUCUUCCAGUUCUCGCUUCACCGACAGCAGGCGUUAUGAAAAGGACUUCCAGAAUUGUUUUGGCCUGCAUGAAGCCCGCUCAGGAGAUAUCUGCAAUGCCUGUGUUCUUCUGGUGAAAAGAUGGAAAAAGCUGCCAGCAGGAUCAAAAAAGAACUGGAAUCAUGUGGUGGAUGCCCGGGCGGGACCAAGUCUUAAAACGACAUUGAAGCCAAAGAAGAUGAAAACUCUUUCUGGCAGCAGGGUGAAGAGCAAUCAAAUAAGCAAGCUGCAGAAAGAGCUGAAGCGACAUAACUCUGAUGCCCACAGUACCACUUCAAGUGCCUCUCCAGCCCAGUCACCCUGCUACAGCAAUCAGUCUGAUGAUGGCUCAGACACUGAGAUGACCCCUGGCUCCAGCCGAACUCAUGUCUUCUCCUUCUUAGAUCCUAUUUACUGGAAAAGGCAAAAAAUUUGCUGUGGAAUUAUUUACACAGGUCGCUUUGGAGAAGUUGUUAUAGAUGCUCAUCUCUUCAAACCCUGCUGUAGCAAUAAGAAGUCUGCAACUGAGAAGCCUGAGCCACAAGGCCCACAGUCCCCAACCAUCUCCAACCAGGAAGAGUGGUGACUUCCACAACUGACUGCAGAUGCUGUAAAAAGAACCUCUUUUUCUCUCUGGAAAGGCUUGAAAGUGACAUUCUUUUCACUUGAGAAGCCUGCUAUGCUGCCAAAAGACUUUAUAUUUUCUCCUUGAAUGGUUUGAGUAUUUGGUGUUUUUUUACUGCUUCACUUCCUCUAAUUCAGAAACAUGUUCAAAUCUUUUCAGAAAAGACUAUAAAUAAUAUUUAAGAUGCUCUAAAAUACCUAGUUGAGCGGAGCACCGCUGCAAGUUGUCUUGGCCCAGCCUCUUUCUCCAUUCAGCCUUUCUUCAGAUGAAAGACCAUAUGGUUGAUAAAAUAUAUUAUGUAGUGUAUAUUACUGAAAGAGAAGCAUUGCUCACGUUUUGGCAUGCUAAAAUUUAGCCAGUCACAUUUUUCUCCCUAUGAGGAACAUAAGGAUUACUCUUAAGGCAUGGACCUGGGUUACUGAAGUUUGUACAAGACUUCCCUACUAUGUAUAUGUUGUAAAGGUGGGGAGCUUUUAAUUCUUACUACUGAUGCUUUAACAAUGGCAAAAUAUUUAACUUGUCCUGGACUUUAAGGUCAAAGGCUGAUCUUAUCUGGCUUAGGAAAAGUAUGUAUGUGAAGGGGCUGAUGCGAGUUCUGAGGUUGGCCAUACUCAGGGGGAAUUAACUUGGUACUGGACCAAGUGAUAUUUUUUUCCUUUUGUUGCCACCCCAGUGUGCAGCUUUUGUAUGACUUAUGCAUUAAGAUUACAAAUAACUUUCAGGGAGAUGAGGGGGUCCUUCUUGAUGUUAAAAUAGCACCCUUUACAAAUGUAAUGUUGGCCAGUUGCGUAGAGUUAUAGUGGAAUGUGGUAAUUACACAAUAUAUACAAUGUCCUUGAUGUGGGACCAAUUAAGUGUAUAAUAUAAUUUCUGUUUGCUCUCCUAUCUGUCUAGCGUCAAACCUUGAAAAGAACUGAGUAAAAAUGAACUAUCAAAAACCACUAAACUUCAACUCUUUAGAGGGAAAGACAGUCAAUUUGUUACCAGCAAGGACACAGGAGGCUUUAUAAUCCUGAUCCAACAGCUGAAUGCAAACAACAUGGCAACUGCUUUUCAUUUUGACAGCCAACCAUGAAGACAGGCCAUACUAGCACAAGCUCAGGUUUAAGAUUCCUCUUCUUUCCUCUGGAUUCUGUGUUUCUGCACUGUUUGGUUAACUUGGUUACACACCCAAGGAAGGAAUAUUGCAAUAACCCCCACCCUGUUAUUAAGUGUGAUUUUAAAAAGAGAGUUUUAGGUGUGCAUUGCAUCUGUUCGUAGAAAUAAAAAAGGGUUUUUAUUUCUGAUA